AUGUCGUUCAGUGCAUUUGUCGCCGGAAUGGCGCUAGGUGGAUUACGCUAUGGCAUGGUCAAGUUUAAACUCUUGGAGUGUGAAAGUGUUGUGAUGUAUUCGGUCAAUCAAGUGACAGAAAACUUUCACGGUCAUGAUGGACACCGAAAGAAAACGCAUAAUCAAUCGCGUUACGAGUCCCUACCAAGUCAUGAGCAUGAAUAUUAUACGUACAUACGUCAAGGUUGGAACUCCAAAGUGAUGGCAUUUCGUCACAAGGUGUACGAGUUGUUUGAAAUGAAGUAA